AUGAUAGAAGGUGGAAUUGCAUCCAGGAUGUCAGGAAUAAUUGAGAAUGCUGGGCAUCAUCCGUCUCCUCAGGACUACAGGCUUCUGACCACGGACCCCUCCCAGCUGAGGGAGGAGGACCUCCCUGGGGACCUGCAGUCUCUGUCAUGGCUCACCUCUGUGGAUGUGCCCCGACUACAGCAGAUGGCUGAUAGCCGAGGCCACAGUAACGGGCCCUCCCAGGGCAGCCUGUUGGAGCAACAGACAGCUCAGCUGAGCAACAUGACGAUGACAGCGGGUCAAGGCUCCAUGCUCCACCUCCAGAGCAACAUGCAGCACAGCCCUCUGGGAAUCAGCAUCAUCAACACACACAGUGGAAGCAUGUCUCCAUUCUCCAUGAAUGGGCUGCCCUCUCCGGGAUACCAGUGCCCUACCUCAGUCUACCAGCCUACACCCCAGCAGGUGUACUCUCUAACCCAAACCGGACAACAGUGUUCAACUGGUGGGCUUUAUAGCAAUGUCUCUUUCAACAACCAAAGUCUAUUCACACAACCUCGCCUGGCUCCACAAGACCAGGAGCUGCAGCCCAAGUCUUUCCCCAAGCCAAUCUACUCCUACAGCUGUUUGAUUGCAAUGGCGCUGAAGAACAGCAAAACCGGCAGCCUCCCAGUCAGCGAGAUCUAUAGCUUUAUGAAGGAACACUUUCCUUAUUUCAAGACUGCACCUGAUGGAUGGAAGAACUCAGUCAGGCACAACCUGUCCUUAAACAAAUGCUUUGAGAAAGUGGAGAACAAGACGAGCAGCUCGUCCCGUAAGGGCUGUCUAUGGGCGCUGAACCCUGCCAAAAUUGACAAGAUGGAGGAAGAGAUGCAGAAGUGGAAACGCAAGGACCUUCCAGCCAUCCGCCGCAGCAUGGCUAACCCUGAUGAGUUGGACAAGCUGAUCACAGACCGCCCGGAGAACUGCAGACGUAAGGCGUCAGAGCCCGGCAUGACCCGGCUGCCCGGCUGUCCGACUGGCCUCUCGCUGCCCGUCCCGGCCCAGAUGCAGCCUCAGCCUAUAGUCACGCUGUCCCUGCCCUGUUUACCCAUGCACCAGCACCACCAGCUGCAGGCCCAGCUCCAGGCUCAGGCCCGCCUGGCCCCCAUGUCCCCUGCCCCGGCUCAGACACCUCCCCUCCACACGGUCCCUGACCUCUCCCACAGUCCGCUCACCCAGCAGUCCAGCAAGCCGUCAGAUGAUUUCUACAGUGUGCACGGUGAUACACACACAGAGGUGGAUGCACUGGACCCCAGCAUCAUGGACUUCGCCCUUCAAGGUAAUCUGUGGGAGGAAAUGAAGGACGACAGCUUUAACCUGGAUGCUUUGGGUACCUUCAGCAACUCCCCCCUCCGACUAUCAGACUGUGACUUGGGAACAGCCAACCUCCCUCCCGUUUCCACUGGAGCGAACCUGCCGCUGUCGGAUGUGCAAGUGACGGGCCUCUACACCUCCUACGCCUCCCAGGAUCCCCUGUCUUCCCAGUACAUGGUCACACCAGCCAACAGCAAGCCCAUCGCCCUGUUAUAA